CAUCGCUAUCAGCAGAAGUCAAAAAAUCGUGGCCAACGAAAAUAAACACGGAAGCAAAUUAAACUGAAGAUGCACUCGUGUUCUGUAACCUUACUCAACAAUUUUGAAGCUUAACUUAUGUUGGUCGAUGGUGUGAGAGUCAUUAUAAGAUGUCUGAGGAGCGCAAAUGAUGUUCACAAAUGGAUUCAAAUCACUUCGCAUUCAGGAUAAUUAGCACUCGUUCUCCGAACCGACAGAAGAAUGUCUAUCAAUAACACGACAAUGGUUGAGAAUGUAAUAAAGCAGGGAUAUCUCAAGAGGGGAUCUUCCUAUGAGAACAGAUUCUCUGGGCUUAUUGAUAAAAUUACACCAAGGAAGUGGUAUAUGCUAGUGGUGAGAAGUCGUAUUCCUUUCCUGGAGCAGUUUGAUCGUGACGUGGAUGUCUUCUCAGGGCCACCAAGUGUCUCAUACAACCUGUCUAACUGCACAGCAGUCAGCCAUUGCAUGGCACAGACACCAAGGGCAUUCACUUUUGUUAUAUCCUGCACUGAUCGUAUGAUUGAGCUAACAGCUGCUUCACGAGAGCAAAUGAUUGACUGGUGUGAUGUUCUGGAACGCACCUUAAACAGCCUUGGUAUUCUAAAGAAGGAAAAGGAAGAGCACAUUUACACCUUCUGCCCAGCAGUAGUAUUUACUGGGCGGCAGAAAAAGGAUGAAGAGAGUGAAAGUGAAGAAGUAUUAGGAGCUGUUGGAGGAUCACCUGUUUCCCUACCCCCACGGCACCCUCCACCAAUCCCUAGCGGCCAUCCAUCAGGCCUGCCAAAAUCAACACCUGAAAAGGCUCCGUCUUCCCCACUGAAAGAGCUCACACCUCCCCCCUUGCCAUCUUCAUUACCCCCUCCCCUGCGUAGAGCUCAGUCUCCUACAUCACUCACCCCUCCAAACGAACAAGCGCCUCCCCCACCUGUUGGAAGGCCACCGCCCUUAGUCAGCCCACCAUUUCAUGGCAUUACUCCCUCACCUUUGUUUCCUCAGGCAUCUGAACCUCCACCUUUGCCCCCAGCACGUCAUCAGACAGGCAGCUUAUCUGCCUCAAAUGACCCCCCUCCCCUUCCACCAGCCCGCCCUCACCUAGAAGAGAGGCUCUUGGAUUCUGCCUCCUGCAGGCCUGAAGUCAUGCCUCCCAAACAGCAUAAAUUUCAUCUUGCACCCCAUUCCCAGGAUAAUGGCGACAGUGACCAAGAGUCAGCAGAUUAUUCUUCAGAUUUUGUCAGUGAAGCAUUUUGGGAGAUUAAUCGUCGAAUUCCUAUCCCAACCGCUAGGCAUUCAAUAUUGCCAGAUAAAACACAAUCUCUUUCUUUAGACUCUUUUACUGAAACUGAAGAAGAGCGUGUUGAAGCUGAAGCCUUUCACCAAAAGGAAUACCCAAGCUCAGGACAAGCUGGCCAAAAGAUUAAUGGACUAGAUGAAGGUUAUUCUGACCUAGCAAUGGUCAAAGUGAUGAAAAAGUCCAAGAAAGAUAGACAGAUUAAAGCAGAAUCCACAUUACCUAAUCAGCAAGAGAAUGUGCAAAUAUGUUUACAUGACAGACUGCUUUCUGAAAAAGUAUCAUCCACUAACCCUGAAUUUCGAGAGAAAUCUGGCAGUUCUUCUUGUGAAUAUGGAAUUUCAAACAACUUUGAUGACAGACUACAAGACACAGUAAGCAGCGAAGAUGCCUUCAGUGAAUCAUCUGCAUUUGAAACAGACCUAAGUCUCCCACAGAAUUUCUAUUCUGCUUUUCCUGUUCACGAGGAAUUAAGUCAAGAUAUCACAAUGGAAAAUGGUUUUGAUGAUAGCGAUGAAAUGACAGAAAAACAAAUACUGAUGGAAGAGUCAUUACAGAAAAUUGAAUCAUCUGGUGCUCAAGAAAAUCAAUAUGACGUAGCCUAUGGGGUGUCGUCUGGUAUUUCUUCCAAUGAUGUACCACCCCUUCCUCCCAGACAUGACUCUCUUAUCAAACGAAAUACUGGUAACUCUUCUCCAGGCAUAGGUUCUGAUGACGAUGCCUCACCAGGUAUUACUAACAGUUCUUCAUCUUCUGAUGAAAUUGAGAUUGAAGCCUUCACCCACAAGCAGGCACUUAUUCCUUCGAAAUCUUUUCAGUACGUGUCUUCAGUUCCUGCAGGUCUCAAUUCUCAUGGCAUUCGGAAUAACAUUGGAGAUAUUCCUCCAAUACUACCACCUCGUAAAGGCUCCAGAUUUAAUCGAGGAAUGUCCGUUGACACUGCAGAACUGGCACCACCUCCUUUGCCAGCUCGUAAAGCUGGGAGUGUUCGUGGCCAAAGGCCUUUAACAGCCCCACCAGGAUGUGAAGAAAACUCCAGUCUAUUGACAGAACAAAACUUGCCCUGUAAAAGACCACAGCAGAGGAUUCGUGAAGAGUCGACAACAGCAGAAAAUAACCUGCGCCAUCGCAUGCGGCUGGACCGUGCACACAGUGUUCAUUCUGUGAUAUCUCUCAAACAGAGCCAGGCGGAGAUCCUGCGACAAGAGAUGGAACUCUCAGGAGUGUCUGUUACUGUGAACUUGCGUGCUGCAUCACACAUAGCUCUGGUAGACUGCUGUGGACUUGUCUGUAUUGCAGGAUGGAAUCAAAGUGAUUUCCCAAGCCUGCAUGGGAAAUUUCACAUUGGUGAUAUCGUCCUAAGUAUUAAUAGUGUGAAAGUGGCCAAUUCUGCUAUGGCAGUAAAGCUGCUGAAGCAUCAGACAGCUGAGGUGGUAGAAGUGAUGGUGAAGAGAAUACCUUACGGCCAGGUCAUUGCCAUUCGGCGGUCAGCAGAAGGAGAAAGCCUUGGCAUUCGAAGAGUAGGCGGUACAGCAGAAAUUGAAUAUGUUGACCCCCAUGGCUUGGCAGCAUCCAAUGGCUUACCAUUGCGUCCAUCAAGUUUUCUGACAGAUAAACGCACCACCUGGACCCUGACAGAGAUCAACAGCCGUCAUCUGAACCUUUUCUUUAAAGAUUUAGAGAUUGAGCAUAGACUAAAUGCUGUUGGCCGAGAAAUCACCAUUGUUGUUCAGCCGUCAGACUAUAUAUCUGAACUGAAAAAACAGUUGAAAAAGAUCAAAAAUUACAAAAGCUACAUUGUUCAGUGAUACUUAUUCCUGGGCUUGUGGACAUCAUCAGGGGGACCAAAUCUGCUCCUCUGAAAGAAAAAUUGUCUUCAGAAAGAGAAUGACUAUCGUGUUUGGUAACAUUACUGUGAACUUGUUUCAUAGAAAUUCCAUCUUCAUUUUUUUUUUUUUAAAGAGAGACCCAUUAAUUGGGAAUAAUUUGUGUUGUUGUUAAUAUUUGUUCAAAUCAGGGUUUGAAUAUCAUGUUUAGAGGUGAACAAAAUGUUAUUUCUUACAAGAAACUGUGAUGAUUGCUAUUUGAACUUUGGGGUCUUUUUUUUAUGUGGGUGAAAUUUUGCAUGGUGAAAUGGUUGUAUCACCUUUUAAUGGCUGGGUUUUUUUUGUUUGUUUUUCUGGUUUUUUUCCUUCUCUAACAGCCAUUAUGCUUGACUUAAAAACAGAAGGAUGCAGGUCAAGCCUGGCGGGCAAUUUUCUAAAAAGCUUCUUUCUUCUACCAAGUACCUGAUCUUUUAGGGACAGUUAAAAGUGGCAGAAAGAGAGGAUACUCCAACCCACAUCCCAUGCUUUAGUGAUGGUUAACCACUUACAAUUCACUGCUCUUAUAACCACAAGGCUAUGAAACAUGAAUCUCUAGAUCAGUGGUUCUUAACCUUGUUUGAGGUACCGAACCCACAAGUUUCAUAUGCACAUUCACCGAACCCUUCUUUAGUGUCAUCACGAAUUGCGGGUGUGUCUUGACCUCCGUGGCGGAGGCUCCACCGAACCCCUGAGACCGACUCACCGAACCCCUAGGGUUCGAUCGAACCCCGGUUAAGAACCACUGCUCUAGAUGUUCCAUUAGCCCAUAACUGCAGUAGUUAAAUAUUGUUACUUGAUGUCUUGUGUAUAUAAAUAACAGCAGCAAAAUUAGUAUAGAAAUUUGAAUUGUGUGUAUUCUUUUGCCUAGUCAGACAGAGGUGGUGUUUAUUGUUGUUUUGGUGGACCCUGUCUCAGAUUUGUUACUGAAAACCUGUUGCCUCGAUCUCUGUUUGGACCUUCAGUCCCCUGCAGCCUUAGUUGUUUUGAGAAACCUGAGUCCUUGCAACACCUUUCAUCCUCAUUUGGGCCUGUUUUCCACUGCUAGUAGGACAGUCUUGCUUUUUAUGGCCUGAAGAAGGAUGUGAACACGUUGACUAAAUGUUCAGCUUGUUGGGUGCUCAUUAGGGUGUAGUGUCAUCCAAUGAAUUGUAGUGGAUCAACAGGAAUGGCACAAAACCUUAAAUGUGCAUAAAAAUCGCUGACAUCACUACACCCUACUGCUCAUUUGUGUUGUUUCUCUGUUUGUUGCCUUUUUGGCUUGUUGUCCUCAGUGUUUGCAGGGUUUGUUUUUCUCAGGCUUAGAGUGAUACUGUGAAAGUUGGCAACCUUGUUUUAGUUUUCUGUUACCAUUGUGGGGUCAUUUAGAAAUAGUGAUGUAGCUGCAGCCAGAUUAAGACUUCACACAACCUUAUAUUGGGUUAAAAUAGUAUGAAAUGUGUAAGGUUGAGAUUGUAAAAAAUGUAUUUAUUGUCUGCUAGAACGGCAAUGACCUCUCAAGUGAAGGUGAAAAUCACAAACUGGAACUGUUUUUUGUUUUGUUUUUACCCUCUUGCCUUGUCAAUAUAUCACUGUGUAAUUUGUUAUUGCAAUGUAGUACAUACUUAUGUGACAGUGAAGUUCAUGUUUGUCAUAUAAGUAUUUUAUUAUAAAGAAAACUUCUUUGGUCCUGUGAAAUAAUGCUUUUUCUUGGAGGAAUAGGUCAUUUCCUUGUUUGAAAUAACGAUGUGAGUAGCAUGCAUACAGAAGUGGCUUUGCUACAGUUAUGAAAAAGAAUUAUUCUAGCUGGGGCUUAGUGGAUCACUGGAAAAAUAAAUUAUCUUUCUUUGCACUUGUUUGUCUUAUCUCCAGUCUCAUUUGUCAACUGCGGGUUUAUAAGAUAACCUCUUUCCAUUAACUUAGACAUUUUCUUCAAAGAAUUUUCUCCUAAGCAAAUGCUAAAACAACAAACAUGCAUUUAAAACAUAUAAAUACUUUUGGCUAGUUUUCUGGGAGGUAAGAUUUGAAAAUAAGAUUAUUGUCUUAAGACUGAGCUUGAAUAAUUAUAUACAAAUUAUAUUAUUUUAUAGCUCAAUGGGGCAUAAAAUGUGUAUAUAAAUAGUAAAACAAAGUGUUUUAGGAUUUGUGUUAAAUGUUCAAAAUGCAAAAUCAGUAGGUUGUGCAUGUCAGCAUUGUUGAUUGUGGGUUUUUUUAUUUUAAUGUGUGAGUGUGCAUCUGUUCAUAUGAAUAGCAUGAUCUGUCUCAUCUCAAUUUUCAAUCACCUUAAUGGCACAUCAAAUGGUGACCACUCUAGACUUGAUGUAAACUUUCACUUUAAUUUUGAACUAUAUCUAAAUUUUAUGUGUUACAAAAUUGUUGUUAUUGUUCAUAUAGUGUGACCAAGAUCAGACAUGAAGUGUACUUAAUUUUGCUUUGCCACACUUUCAUCAUUCCAAUGCCACAGGUAAAAAUUAUUUCAAAUCUUUUGUGUCAUGCAAGGUGAGAUGCAUUUGUUAUAUUCAUUAGACUGUGUACAAAAGAUGUAAGUUGUACUUGUGUCAGCAGGUCCUGAAACGAACACAUACGUCAAAACAAAAGUGAAUAUGAAAAGAUCUCAUAGUUUGUGUGUGUGAGCAUGCAGGUAGUGCACCCAUUUGUGUAUCUUAAUGUGCUUCUGCAUAUGCAUUAUUGCUUGCAGGCAAGAAGAAUGUCCACACAAGAUGUACUCUAGUGCAAGAUCUCAUGACAAACUGUUUGGCAUGAGCGUAUAUCUCAUUUAGGUUUGUACUUCAAAUGCUGCAAAGUGCUGUGGGAUGAGUACUGGCUUUACUUACAGUCUCACAUGAUCAAAGCCUGCUUACGUUUCUGGUGAUUUGUAAAAUCCCAUAACACCUAUCAUGGCAGUCCUGCUGUCACUUGAUCUUCCUGUCUCGUGCACUUUCAAGAACAGCUGUAGUUCUAUAUUUCUUCUCAAAACUUCUUAAUUUAAGGCAGCAUCAAGCAUAAACAGCUGUUCUGUAUGUCUUAAGCUGUCCACACCUUAAAAAUGAAUAUAACUGGGUUUUGUUUUUGUUUUUUGCUUUUUUGCUUUGGUGUCAAAGAAAUAAAAUACAUCAGCAAAAUUGCUACCAUGCUUUGGUGCUUCCAUUAGCCUAUCUUUAUUAUUGACUGCAGUUACUCACUUCUUUAGAGAAACCAUUAUCUUCUUCCCCUUCCUAUCCAUCAGGGCAAUCCGGUGACGAAACAGUUAGUGUCUGUCACCAAUACAGUGAAGGAUGGCUUUUUGGGUUCAGCUCUCAUCUCGGGUACACUGUUCUUUCUUUGCAUGUGACAUCUGUUUACAGGGCUGGAUGCUUUGCAUUGAUGUAGCCUUAGUAGCUGGCUGGGCAUAAAACACCAAUGCUCCCUAUCAUAAUAGGGGCUGUUUCGUGAAACUGUGCUGGGCAUUGACUCACGAAUGCAGGCGCAGGUCCACAUACAGGCGACAGUGCCAGAGUUCCAUUAGAUCAUUUGAAGUUUCAAUUAUUUCUUCCUUCUUUCUUUCAUUCAUCCUUCUUACAAGUGUAAUGCAUGAGCUGGGGAUCUUAUGCUUUCACUCCCCAAUUUAUUUUCAAGAGCAAGUGCUUUUUAUAACCUAACGCUAAGAAGAUUUAAUUUUCUCGACUUGUUUACUUAAUUUAUUGUUGCUGUUAGACAGAUCCAGACCAGCUUAAGCAUUUUAUGUACAGCAUGCUUCGGGCUUUCCCUUGAAAAAAAAAAAAAGCAGAAGUAGAGGCCACUUUUUUUUUUAAUUGUUUACCUGCAGAAAUAGUUCUGACAUAUAAGUUCUUAUGUGCCAUAGCUUGGUUUUGUGUUUUACAGUCUUCUGUGUAUUAUUUCAAAUAAUUAACUCCAGACUUUUUUCUUUUUUCCUUUCUGCAGGACAUUUAUUUUUAUUUGAUUUUGCUUUAUGAACUUUAUAUGAGAUUGUGUGGGUUUUGUUUUUUUAAAUCCAAUCCCCUGAAAUUCAUUAUUUAGUUACAACAUUUGAUACUGCAAUUCAUUGUAAUGUCCUUGGAAAUUGCCGAUGUAAUAACAAAAUUUCACAAAAUAAAAACACCUAAAUUAUAAGGUGUCCUUGAGAAAUUGAAGAUCACUGGAACCUUUUUUUUUUUUUUUGUAGAAGUUAAUUGCUGAUAAUUAUAAAGAUUGGCAUUUUAGAAAUAAAAGAAACUCUUGGAAGAUCAUAUUCUGAUGUAUUCUUCUCAAGGGUUUCUGUAAUGUUAGUUUUCACUUAAUUCCUGUGUAACCACUAUUUUCCAUCAGCUGUGUGCGAUGUGCCACUCAGUAUUAGAAUAAACAUUUUUUUUUAAAUCUC